AUGACCCCGAGCGACUCGUGGGGCCAAGACGCGAUGCGGCGUCUGCGUCGCCACUUUACCAGCGACCGCUCCGUCGCUGUGUACGAGGCACUCACCGCUCAUGCUCUGGAUGCAGCUACGGGCGGCGCUUUGUUCCUAUGCGGCGUGUCGACCGCACAAGUGGCCCAGAAGCUCCUGCGCAUCGGCUCCGCCUCGAGGUUUCUGCUGCCUCAGACGAUAGGCGCUGCGGCCGUCGCGUCGUCCUCUGUCCUGUCGCUUCACUUUGCGUCCAUACCGAGGGACAUCUACCAGGAAGUGGCUGCGAUGAGCCGCCGCGCACAGGACGAGCAGCGGGGCUGGAGCUGGCUCGUGCUUGGCGCCAAGAACAUGCAGCCGCCGACGGCGUGGAGACUGGCUCGGACCAAGGUGACGGAGCGCUGGGACGACCUGUCCGAAGCUCCGUACCCGGUGUACAUGGUCAUGGGACUCGCGUGCUUCAAGCUACUGGGCGGUCGUAUGAGCGCCUUGGCGCCAUCGCCCUUUGCCGACCUCGGAGCCUUUCACCUGAAGAAAGCGUCGCUCCCGGCGACGGUUGAUUACGCUACUAGCGUAGAGAGAGGCAUCAUCCAGGAGUUUGGACGACUGUAUGGAUGCCACACGUGCGGAGUCAAGCGUGGGGUGCGAUACCAUGCAGACCACAUGCCACCGAAACUGGUAGCGAAGCGAUCGGACGCGGGGUUCGUCCGGCGGACACUGGGCUGGAAGACGACCUUUCGCUUUUACCCGCAGUGCGAGUCGUGCUCGAACCAGCAGAGCAGCGUCGUGAAGCAAUGGAAGUCGACACUCAAGGUGCACUUGCGGUCGUCCCGAGCAUACCAUUUCACAGGUCUUUGGCUUGUACUGCUAUGCACGGGUGGUCUCUACGUCGGCGGCUCACACUUCCACGAAACGUCCGAGGUGUCGGCUGCAGCGACUCCAGCUGACGAACAUCUCGGCUCAUUUGCAUCGCCGGAUUUCCAGCUGCUAGUGUCACUUCGCGAGCGAGAGCGCAAACUGCGUCGAGAGCGAGAACGACAGAGGGAUUCCACACAGCUCGCUGCGAUUGAUAACGAGUUGGAAGCAGUCGCGCGGUGCAAGAAGGCCAUCAAAGCCGACGUCAAACGGCACAAGGUCAACUAG